CACGCCCCGGGGAAGAAGGCAGAGCCAAGUGCUGCCCGGCGGCAGAGAUCGCGCACCGCCAGGCAGCCCGGAGCGCCUGAGGUAUGGAAGAGCCUUGAGAGAGGCUCCCCGCAACGCGCCCAGAGAAUGGGACGGGACGGGGCAGGUGAGUGCCUGGACACCUUCAGGGCUGGGCGCGCCACCCCCGCCGCCCUGGGCGAGGCGGGUGGGGUUCGCCUAGGGUUCCCCUUACCCCUCCCGCCCGAGAGCGCCCCCUUGCGUUUCUUGCUCCCUUACGAGCGUCCGUCCAGCGCAGCCGAGAUAUUGGAUGAAUGAAUCAGUGGGUCAAUGAGACUUUGGGGCGAGGCGGGGGGGGGGUCAGGUUGUAUCUCCCCCCAUCUAUAGGGGGAGCCCUCGUCUAAUCCCCGCUACACCCUAAGAGUUUGGGGGUGGGGAUCGCGCGCAGCUGCCCUGCUCGCCUGCGUGGGAAAAGCGAGCUGCGUUGUUCCCAGGAGCGCUAAGCUGAUCUGUCAAGGGGGAAAGCAAUCUGGGACGGCGACGAGGGUCUCCCUGCCAUUUCUUGGCUCGGCCCGAGGUGGUUUGCCAUGAAGCAGAGAGAAGAUGCCCUCGGUUUCUGACCUUGUAUCCCAGGAGACCAGGCUCCCUCUGGUCAAGUUAUUUUGAGGGAGAAGAACGCGGAGUUUCGGCCGGCGAGUCUUAAAGAAACAGGGGCCUCAUUGUUCCAAGUCUGAUCCAGGCGGCGGGGGGCGGGGGAAGAGGCGGCCACUGAGGAGGAAAAUCCGCUUUCUUGCCUCCCUGUUUUGCCCCGCAGUCAAAGGGCCCUGAGUAUCCGUUUCUCCUCUUUUCAGCCAAACAUGAAGGGGAGGGGGGAGAGACUUCACCCUUUUCAAAAACGCAAACAGGUGGGGUGGGGGGAUAGGACUGCUCUUCAGAGUAUUUUGUGUGCCGCAGGACGUAACAAAAGAAGGUAAAAAGAUACCUCGUGCUGGACCGUGUUCUCGUGGGUGAAAGUGCGUGAGCAUCAGGGCAGCUGCAUUUAGCUCUUCUGGGGGAGAAAUGAAACGUUUCUCUCAUCGCCACUGCCUGGCGGCGCGAAGCAGGUCCAAGGGAGGGUAUCGCUUUCCAUCUUUUCGGCCGGGUUUCCCACAGUUCCUCAAUUGCCCUUCUCUCCGAGUCACUUGCACCCCCAGGACUCUAGGGGGCAGCAGUCCCUGGGAGAGGAAUGGGUGGCUCUGUAAAGGCUUGAUAGCUUGCUUGCUAUAUUUUUGUAACCAAGCAAAUAGUAAACUUCACUAAAGGUCACCAAGGGUGCACUGCGCAGAGCAAUGCCUGUGCUGGUAUAAUUGUUACACACCAGGCAAUUCCCCUGAGGCAGCUGCUUUCUCUCCAGGUUUACAUACUUCCCCUGGCACAGAAUUGGUUACUGGGGGAACAUUCAGCGUACAGUGGCGGCACCAGUGUGUCAGCACCUCAAAGUUCUACUCCUCCUUUGAAGAAGAGCUGGGGAAGGAAUAGCCAGAGCUGGUCCCGGAGCCAGUCCUAACAUUAGGCAAAGUGAAGCAGCUGCCUCAGGUGGCAAAUGCUCAGGGGCGGCAAGCAGGUAUUGGAGGGUGGAGCUGUGUGUGCUACAGGUGCCUGCCCUCGUGUGGUGGAGGAUGCUGCCCUGUCACAAAUGUUGAAGUAAGAUUCAAGAACCUGUCCCGUCAACUUCUGUACAUGGAAUUGUGGUGUGCAGGGGGCAGGGGUGCCAUCUGAGGGGGGCGGAGGCCGAGGGCCCCCCACAUUUUCAAGUAGAGGCUGAGCCACCUCAAAAUUCCAUGUCCAAGUCGCACAGCAUGGACGCAAUACAUCAUUUGUCUAUCCUGGCCCAAUGUAGCAUGUGAGACUAUGGAGGGGCUGCCCAUGAGAAGGGAGCAGGUGAAAAGAGCAGUGUCUCUCACAGGGUUACAGUGUGGGAUAUAGGCAUCCUAUUGCAAGAUAUCGCAAUGCAGACCUGGGUGUAAGGUGUGGAGCAGGGUAGGGCAAGCAGGGUAGCUUGCCUGACGGGUUAGGCAGAAAAGAACAUUAGAGCCAUCGCUAGGAUGUCUGAGCAAGAAGUAUGUGGUGACGAUAAAUUCUGAAUCACUGUUCAGAGGCAAAUGAGAUGAUACAUCCCACCCCUUGCAGGCAGACAACUGUGGUCUAGUGUACAUGGGGAGUAUUAAAAUAGGCAGUCUUUCACCUGCACUGUGGAGCAGUGCAACGCCCAGCACCCGUGAGCAUUCUGGCCAUUUGUUUCUGCCCGCAAGAGAGCUAUUUUACCCUGGUAACAAGGCUGUAAACAGAGGUCUAGCGAUGGGAAGUGGCCACCUUAGGGCAGCAUUUCACAAUGCAGGAAAUGGUGAGAGUGUGCCUGUGAGUCAGCUGCAUACCUGGAUUUUGUGCUUUCAGAAUAACAUGGAAACGGAGAACUCAUGACCUCCCCUAGCAGGGAGAGGGUCAAUGCAUUCUGCCUUACUUUGAAGCUCAUUAACUUCCCUACCAGGGAUAUAUGAUUCAGCUUUCCAUGUGCAUGUUAUGCUAGAAAAGGAGGCGGGGGAGAGAUGUGCACUCACCACCUGAGAGGGCUACCUGGACCAGGUAUGGGAAAUGGGGUAAGAAGAAUAAAACUCGUAGCUGACCCAAUAAUUUUGCUGCCUGGGGCAAAGGACAAUAUUCCCUCCUCCUCAGUUGCACACACAGAUGCGGAUUAGACUAGCAACUGAAUCCUACUUCAAUGCUUUUGAUGGGGCAGCAUCUCGCACUAGCAGGCUAGCUUAGUGGGUAGGGCGAGUGCUGUCAUGCUCACAUAUUGCCUGUGGGCUUCCUGUGGGCAUCAACAUGUUGACCAUGUUGAGAACAGAAUGCUGGACUAGAUGGGGCUUUGGUUUGAUCCAGCAGGGCUUUUCUUAUGUACUAAUGGGGUGCAGGCCAGGUUGCAUGACACACACACAGCUCUGUCCUCCAGCACCUUGCUUCCACUCUGCUUGACGCCUAUAUGCUACCUGCAGAAAGUAAUGCUGUGUUGCAGCAGCUGCACCAAUACAUAUCACAUGAUUGGAGUGUGUGAUGCCUGUGGGAGUUCAUGGCCUGGGCUGGGUGGUGCCUCUUUGCCUGCUCACAGUUGUGCUGUCUGUGACACAUUGGGAGAAGGAGCCUAUGGGACACAGCAAGCAUUCCCACUACUGGGAUCUUACUUCUGCCAGCUCAAGGAGAAUGGUUGUUGCUGCCACCAUCCAGUAUCCAUUGCUCGAGGCAACCGCCUCAAUUGGCAUAAUGUUAGGGCCGGCCCAGAGGCUGUAAACAAAGGGAUCACAGACUGCCUUGUAAAUGCUAUGGAUCUAAUCUAAUAUCCUGUGCCUAACAGCAGCCUGAGUCAGAUGCUUCAAAGGAAAUGCUACAACAAAAGCACAUUUGUGAAGCAAGCCAUCCAUUGUCAAGCAUAUGAUUUUAGCAGCUAGAAAAUUUCGGGUCUGCGUCCCUCCCACAAAAUUGUACCUUAACAGAUAUUGUUUUGGCCUGACUACCACGAUUUUGUCUCAAUUUUUUGGGAAACUCACUAGUACUGUACUAAUUUACAUCCUAUGAUUCCAUGACAAAUACAAAUCUACAGUUUAAUCAUGACUCUUCUCUUCUGGAAAAAAACAAUUUUGCUCCUGGCCAAAAUAGUGCAGGUUUCUGUUCACACCAACAGAGGUACAGCUGCUGCUCUUUGCCGCUUUUACAUUUCUCAGGGAAUCGGGCACUAAUUUUAAUAAGCUGCUUUACGAGUUGGGAAUGGUCACUGGACCUUUAAGGACAAUAGCCUGGGGAGGAAAAGCUGACAUCGUUGCUCAGGAAGAGUCCAGGGAGGGACCCUAUUCCGGCCCAAGGUAUUUUAAUUGUUCCAGCACUGCCUAGAUAAAAUCAAUGUCUCCUGAACAGGUUCCAAAGCACCACAGCUUCCGAUUACACACAAUGGCAGAAGCAUAACAUUGUAGAAACACAAGUAGCGGCUGGCUUGGCUAUAAGAUGGGAGGUUGUCAAGAGAGACAAAUAAGAAGCAAUUUAGCUUUUAGAAAUCUAGGUCUGAGGUCUUAAAAGCUCAGAAUUAAGCUGUCCCAGAUCAGAACAAUGUAAAAUACAACUUUAAAAACACCUUAAAACAAAUUACAAUUGCAACUAGAGUGGGUCCUAAAUUUAUUUAUAUCUCUCAAGUGUCAAAGGCAAGGGUUAAGAGGUGCAUAUCUUCAGCAUAGGAUGAAAGCUGUACAAUGAAAGUGCCAGACACACCUCUGUGGGGACUGAACUCCACAAUGUAGGGGCAGCCACAGAGAACUCUCUCUCAUGGGUCAACCCCACACCUGAGCUUCUGAGGGUGAAGGACCUUAACACCCAAGAGGUGCUGCAAGGAAGGAGACUGUCUUUCAGAUAUUUGGGACUGAAGUCAUUUAUUUAUAUAAGUGAAAUGGCAUCCAGUUACAGCAGAUAAAUGUUGUAAAUACAUGAUAUAUAUAUGAGCACCAGUUUGAGGUUGUGCCUCCCCGCCCCUGGAAUCUACUAGCAAGAGUUUCUACAUGGUACAUUCUAGUCCAGGGUUUUCCAAACUGUGUGCCAAGACAUGCCUUAAAAAAGUUAAGCCAGUGUUUUGGAUUCAUCCACCACUCUCUGCCUGUUGAAACACAGAGGCCCCAAGCAGCAGUGAUCCUCCCUCUUUCUGCCCAUACAUGGGCAGUGGCAUCUUUCCAAGGGAAUGAGUCUCCCUGACAGGCAUGAGAGAAUUCCAGAAACAUCACCAUUGCCCAGGAAGCCUGGCCUCAUCCUGAACCCUUGAGUAAAGGGGAAGAGUGGGCAGAGUUGCGGGCAAUAUUGAUCAUUAGUUGCAAGGAUGCCUGCCCAUCAUUCUGGGAGCAGACCAACAAAAUCUCUCUCUCUGUCUGUCUUUAAUUAAUUCAUAUUUUAUUGGGAAAAAAUCAAAUAUAAAGCAGUAAAGUGAUACAAAAAGAAGAAGAAAAAGGGAAAGGAACAAAACACAGAACUGUGUAAAGGGGAAAAAAUUAUAUGAAUAUAUACAGUACAAAAAAUACCCUAACCCAUACAUUCUUUUAUAAAUUUGAUAUUAUCCUAAUAGAAAUAUUAAUAGUCUACUACAUUUUGUAUAAAUUUGUUCCAAAUAUUGUCAUACUUAUCCAAGCAGAGUCUAUGUCUGUAAGCAGUCCGUUCGUAGGUUGCAAGUGUUAUCAUAUCAAUCCAAUCUUUAUUCUUCCAGUUCAUCAAUAUCAGCCUCUUGGCUACCAUUAGAGCACCUCUCUUGAGUGCAAGGGUAAAUUGUGCUUUCUGUUCUAGUCCAUAGAAAAACCCAAACACCCUAUUCCAGGUUACAAAAGCUUCAGAAACACAGUUCCAAUCAUUCUGGUUUCCUUUUUUCCAUACCGUCAGAAGGUCACUACAUGACUGACAGAGAGGAAGUAGUGCACUCUAGCAAUUUGUUUUAGACUCUGGACUUCUGGGAAUGCCCUUUUAAAAUUAUUAUGACUGCUCGCUUCAAAAUGUAACAAGACAGACCUUCUGUGUUUGGGGGAAGCUCUUGCUCCUUCUGCGGAGUGGAGCCCCGGGCAUCAGCCCCAAAGCCCUACCCUGAUGGCAUCACUGCAGAAGGGUUUCUCUGCAGCCAGCUUUCCUCUCCCCUUGUGAAAUGUUUAUUAGAAGCAGCUUCAGAUGCACUUAAAAUGCGUCAAGCACUCAGUGAGAUCGCAUUGGGUUCACUUCCCCUGAACUAUGUGCUGUCUGCCUAACCUUUGCCUAUUAGAGUGGAUCCUUUCAGUGGAUCCUUCUGGUCCCAUGAAAACCAGCCUGCCUAUUAUAUUACUUGACCUAUGCACUAACCUUUUAAGGUGCUCCAUAUUGCAUUCCAGAGAAACUUUUCAUUAAUUUUAUUUAUUUAUUACAUUUUGAGCCUACCUCUUCUCCAAGGAGCACAAAGUGGUAUAGAUGGUUCUCCCACUCCCAAUUUUAUCCUCAGAACAACCCUGUGAGGUACGCUAGACUGAGAGAAAUGUUAUCACAGCAGUUUGGGACAGCGUUCGAAACUCCCAUUGUUCUAGGCGCAUUUUGCGACAGGGAAUUUAAUGAACAUGAACAGUUUCUGAGCUCUUAGGCGCAGUACUGCAUCUAAGAUUUCAGAUUAAAAUUGCCACUGUUACUCAGAUGUAAGUCCCAAUCAAGUUCAAUGGGGCUUCCUCCCAAGUAAAACGUGCAUGGAUUGGGGACCUGAAAACUGUUGGUUUCUAUUUCCCUCACUGAGCAGCAACUGCAGUCACAAGACAGGUGUUUACAUUCCACACGUCUGUACUGUUGGAGUUUCUCACGGGAAAGGGAGACUGGAUGUGACGUACACUGGUUUCCUGUUUUUCACUGUGUGAUUCUCUCCAAGCUGUCGAGGAGAGAGGAUGCAUUUUCUGCUCUUGCAGAGGCAAGAUGUCUUUCUGUAAUAUACCAGCUUUGAACUGUAAAUAAAGCAAUAUAGAGUAUGUAGCACGUAUUCCUCAUCCUUCCGCUGGGCACGACAGACUCUGCUUUAAAUCAACACGUGGUUAUGGACUCCAGAGGUCGAAUCGGAGUGCCGGCAAAGGAUCGGAAUGCAGAGGGACGGAUCGGAAAGGAAUCUGCUCUGCGCGUAGAAGUGAUUGAUGAGGUAUGUGCUACUGCUCCGGGCAGCCUGCCAGCUUCAAGAUAAUGGCUUUAUGGCUGGACUUUGAACUUUUAAAGCCGGUUUUGCAGGAAUAGGCAAAAGGCUCCCAGGCACAAGUCACUAUGCUGGGGAAAUCGAAAGUAACUUUUAAGUGUGCCUUUGUAAUGAGGCAGCUGCAGCAGUGACGCAGCAAGAUUUAAAGCAGCAUAUGACGCUGAAGGCUAAUGCCAGAGUCAUGAUGGCCCUUCAGGAUGCUUGUGGGAUUCCUAAGCUCAACAAGAAAAAUUACAGCGACUGGGUUCAGUAUGCAGAGGCAAUUCUGCGGAAGAGGGUUUGUUUGAGGUGAUUACAGGAACCCCCCCAGUUCCAGUUACAGAUGCAUGGGAAGCUAAGGAUUCCAAAGCAAGGGAACUCUUACAUUGAUAGUAUCCCCAGAAGAGCUCUGUCUAUUGCGUGAUAAGACCUCAGCCAGAGAAAUUUGGGACGCUCUGAGAGAGGCUCACUUAAGGACAGAAGCUGGAUCCACUAUGUUUUACUUUAACAAGCUGCAUAAUAUGGCUCUUGCUGAAGGUGGAGAUGUGCGUUUACAUCUGAUGCAGAUGCAAAAUCUGAGACAUGAGCUGCAACAGAGAGGACUCAACUUUCCAGAGGCUGUGUAUUCUUUCAUGAUACUACAAUCUUUGGGUUCAGGUUGGGAGUCUGUUGCAACCCAGAUUGCUGUGCAACCAACUGCUCAGCUGACAGUGGACUUUGUUACUGCCGUGAUUUUAAAUGAAGCAGAUCGCCGGGGUGCUAGCUGCAUGGGCAAGGAGAGUCUUCACAGACGUCAUCCCAUAGUGCAGUGGAACCACCAGAUGGCGCCAAAGCUUUGAAGGCAGUGAAAUGCUACUCGUGUGGACGUCUAGGCCAUAUGAAGAGGGAUGCAGACAUCCCAGGGCCAAGACAGAGCAGCGCAGCGAAGCUCAUCGCGCGGAAAAGGCCGAGGCAAAGGCAAAGGUCCGGUGUCUAGGACAACGCAGCACAAGGCUAUGGUUUCACGCUUCACUCCAAAGGUUGCAGAGGUCCAGAAGACGUCUAGAUCUUUCUUCGUUGUUGAUUCAGCGGCCACCCACCACAUGUGCAACGAUAAGAAACUGUUUGUGUCUUUUACACCGCAGGAAGGUGCGAUUCACCAGGCGGAUGACCACACUAUUCCCAGUAAAGGCUACGGAACUGUUGUUCUUCACAGUUUGGACUUAUCGAUACAGAAUGUGCUUUACGUGCCAGACGCCAAACAUAAUCUGCUCAGCGUUGGACAGCUGAAUGAGCGGAACAUUGACGUUUCCUUCAAGAACAAGAAGUGCAUCAUCACAAAGAAAAAUGAUUAUGUAUUGCAUGCAGAAUAUGUUGAUCAUUUGUUUGUUUUGUAUUAUGAUGAUGUGGUGCAGGAUGACACUUGUUGCAUUGCAGGUUCUAACAAAAGUUUGCAUGCAGAAUGUAUUCACGAUUUUCAUCGAAAAUUUGGUCAUUUGCAUUUUGAGGCAGUAUCUAAAAUGCCUGCCUUGGUUGAAGGUAUGACUAUUAAACCCUGCAGGUACCACAUGAAGUGCAAAGCAUGCGCAGCAAACAAGGUGAAAAUGGCUGCGAAAGGUAAGGUGUCUAGUAGGAAAGCUACAGAACCAUACCAGGUUGUUCAUGCUGAUUUGGUUGGACCACUAUCGCCCUCUUUGGGUGGAAAUAGAUACUUCAUGGUUCUCAUUGAUGCAUUUUCUAGAUAUAUUUUUGUGUACAAUCUCAAGCAGAAAUCGGAGGCUUUUCCUAGGUUCAAGGAAUUCUGUGCUUGGUUGGAAAAUGUGCAUGGUAAGAAGAUAAAGACUCUUUUCAGUGAUCGCGGGGAAUUCACUUCUCAGCAGUUUGAAGCUUUUCUGACUGAGAAAGGAAUUCAACACGAUUUGUCUAGUCCUCGCUCGCCAUGGCAGAAUGGACUUGCGGAGCAGGCAAAUCAGACAUUGCUUCAAGGAUUAAAAACCUUGCUGCAUGAUGCCAAUCUUCCAGAGAGUUAUUGGGCCGAAUCUCUCUCGUGUUUUGUUUACAGUUACAAUCGCAGGUUAUCUUCAGCGAUUGGUUGUACCCCCAUGAGAAGAUGUUUGGCAGAAGCCAUACAUCAAACACAUGAAGAUUUUGGUUCUGACAUGUGGGUUCGCUCACCACAAAACUCCAAGUUAGACAAGCGUGGAUUGCAUGGUAUCUUUCUAGGUUAUCAGAAAGGGUCUUACAGAAUAAUGAUGACUGACUCUAAGACAAUUAAGCUCACGAGAAGUGUUGAGUACAAUGCAAAGUGGGGGAGAAUGUGGGAAUUUUCCAAUGUUAUCCUGAUGACGGUGAUGAGACUGAGGAUAGUCAAAAGCAACCACAACAGCCCACACCCACUGAUGAAGGUUCUGAGUCUGAAUCUGAAACUGAAUCGGGUGAUUCAGAGGAUUUCAAGAGUGCGAAAGCCUCUAUGCGACCCUCUGAAAGCUCUGAUCAAGAAUUGGAGGAACCAUUGUUCACAAUAGGUCGUUUUUCUCCUAAGAAGGAAGAGGAGAGUGUUGAAGACUUAAGGCUAAUUCGUAGGUCACAGAGAGCCACAAAGGCAAACCUCCAAAGAGAUUUGCUGAUGAGUUUGCUAAGAUAGCAGUAACAGCUGUUAAAAGCUCCAAGAAGGUAUUUGAACCUUCAAGUUUCCAAGAAAUCCAGGGUUUGGAUUCAAAGGAAGCUGAGCCAUGGUUAAAUGCCAUGAAGGCUGAGCUUGAUUCCUUAGAAAGGAACAAAACAUGGGAGCUAGUUCCAGUAGUUCCAGGAAUGAAACUGCUUGGAAGCAAAUGGGUCUUCAAAGCGAAGACAGAUCAAAAUGGCAAGAUAGUCAGACACAAAGCCAGAUUGGUAGCCAGAGGUUUUGCACAGGUACCAGGUGAAGACUAUCACGAGACCUAUUCACCCACAGUGAGAUAUGAAAGCAUUAGGCUUAUGCUCAAGCUAGCUGCAGAGGAAAAUCUACACAUUAGUCACCAUGAUAUUAAUACAGCUUUUCUGUACGGAUCUCUAGAUGAAUCACUUUAUAUGCUUCCACCUGAUGGCGUACAGGUAAAACAGGGAUUUGUUUGUGCUCUGAAGAAAUCCCUUUAUGGUCUCAAACAAAGUGCACGGUGUUGGCACACAAAACUCACUGAAGUAUUGUUUUCUCUAGGUUUUCAGCAAGGAAAGCUGAUCCAUGUGUAUUUGUCAAAGAGGAGGGGCAAAAGAAACUGUACUGUUUGUUUUAUGUUGAUGAUUUAUUAUUCUUUUGGAAAGAUGUUGCAAUGUACAAUAGCGCCUAAGCUCAACUGAAAGAGCACUUUGACAUGAAAGAUCUUGGUGAGAGUAAACAACUACCUAUCUCUGGAAAUAGAGAGAGAUCAAGAUGGUAACAUUCUAGUACACCAGUCACGGAAAAUUGCUGAUGUGUUAAGCAAACUAAAUCUGAUGGAUGCUAACCCUGUAGACACACCGAUGACAACAGGUUAUCAGGUAGAUGACACUGAAGAAGCAUUUUCUGACACUACACUGUACAGGAGUGUGCUAGGCAAGCUAAACUUCAUUGCCAGAUGUUCAAGACCAGACAUUGCUGUUAGCUGUAAUUUGCUAAGCAGACAAGUCAACAAUCCUAGUGUCAAGGAUUGGAAAGCUCUGAAACGCAUAGCGCGGUAUUUGAAAGGCACUAUGCAUUACAGACUGAGAUUUAACAAUCAGAAGUCUGGUGGUCUUGAGAUAUUUGCAGAUGCAAGUUUUGGAAGUGACGCUACAGACAGGAAAAGUACGUCUGGAGUUUGCUACAUGUACAAUCAGAGUCUGUUUGAUUGGUCAUGCAAGAAGCAAACAACAGUUAGCUUAAGUACUUGUGAAGCUGAACUGAAUGCACUGUCUUAUUCACUUAAGGAUUGUGAAUGGUUAGUACAAUUGUGCAAAGAUAUGAAAAUUCCUGUCAAAUGUCCAAUCCAGGUUUACCAGGACAACAAAGCAUGUUUGGCUUUGCUGAAGUCUGAAGGUUGUAAGCAAAGCACAAAGCACUUGCAAUUAAAGUUGCAGCAUGCUAGGGAAUGUAUUCAGAAGGGACUCGUAACGGUGUCCUAUAUGCCAGGUAAUGAAAUUCCUGCUGAUGUAUUGUCCAGAUUGUAUCAAGGGAUCAACACUGUACCUAUGUGCAGAAGUUGGGUUUGUACUGAUACUGUACGAACACGCUGCCCAGUGAUGUUCACAGAAAGGGGAGGAUGUUGGUUUCUAUUUCCCUCACUGAGCAGCAACUGCAGUCACAAGACAGGUGUUUACAUUCCACAGUCUGUACUGUUGGAGUUUCUCACGGGAAAGGGAGACUGGAUGUGACGUACACUGGUUUCCUGUUUUUCACUGUGUGAUUCUCUCCAAGCUGUCGAGGAGAGAGGAUGCAUUUUCUGCUCUUGCAGAGGCAAGAUGUCUUUCUGUAAUAUACCAGCUUUGAACUGUAAAUAAAGCUAUAUGGAGUAUGGAGCACGUAUUCUCAUCCUUCCGCUGGCCACGACAGACUCUGCUUUAAAUCAACUGAAAACUUCCUUUUCUUUUCUUUUAAACCCAGCAUGUUUUGUUUAGGUUUUAGUUGCCUUGUUUAAUGUACUUUUAAUGUAUGAUGUGCUUUUAAUUUGAAAUAUACUAGCCAGUUAGUUACGAUGGUUUAAGUAGUGCAUGUUAAAGUGUUAUCUACCUCAGACUUUCACAGUGAUGUUUAAAAUCAAAUUUUGGAGUAGGAUCAUUGAAGGACCCUUAAACCUAAGGUUUGCAAACUGGACACUCAAGGUGGGUGUCUCUGCCAUCAGCUGUAUAGGCCUUUAAUAUGUGUUAAUUGUGGUGCCAAAAAGAUAUAUUUAUAUGAAGGAAAGAGGGUAAAGGAGAAUCCAGGGCUUGUCUGCAGAGUGGAAGGAAAAGAGGACCUUUUUCUGCCUCCCCACUUCCAGCCACUCUCUGAAGACUGCAGAAGGGACCCUCUUAAGAAUAUUAGUUGGGUGGGCAGGGAAGCAUGGCUUUGUUUUCUGCAGUCUUCAGAUGAGGACUAGACCAUGUGAAAAAUGAACAUAAGAUUUUAGCCGCAGUUCAUUCAUUUUUAGCUUCGUAUUCUUGUUAUAAAAAAGUGCGGCUAGACAUUCCGUUGUUGCUCCUAUAACCUAGGUUUAAGGUGCCAUUUAGCUCCUAGCUUUCAUAUCUCAGUUUCUAACACUGGUUUGGGAGCUGUUUUUGUCAAUGGGUUCAUCCCACAGUGGGGCAGUACCAUUUGAAACCCAGGACCACAUGGAUGGGGCCAGUUUGCGACUUUCCCCACAUCACAGAAUCAAAACUCCUUUUGGCAGGAUAGGUAACAAUUCCAAGGAAAGGUCUUCAUGCUCAGCCCUGCCCAGGCUGUGGUGAGUAAUAUCUGUACUAAGGGCUCGUUCACUCCUUGAAAAAUGCCUCCCGUGGUGCUGAUAUAAUGUCUAAAGGCCACCAUAGCAAGAGUGUGAUUACUUCUCUGAGCUGUGUUAACAGCAAAAAUGGAGCUAAUCACUGUUUGCAAGGGAUUUGGAGGCAAUUCUUUGUUUGCAUUUGGUCUGGUUGCUUCAGAAACCCUAUCAGCGUAUGAGAGUGCCUAGGUAACCAACACAGGAAGGGCUGAGGGAGACACCUCAAUACAAGUGGCAGGGAGUGGUUGGCUCUGCACUGAAGAUCAGUGGGGCAAACUUAGAGGGAACACAAUUACUUAGAUCCUUCUUCCUGACUUCCUUAAAGAAGGAGAGGAGAAUGUGUGGCAUUCCAGAUAUUGCUGGACUACAGCUGCCACCAUCCCUGACCAUUGGCCAUGCUGGCGGGGGCUGAAGGGAGUUGGAGCCCAACAACAUUUAGGGUGGUAGUCAAUGCUAGUCUUAGGUACAGUAGACCCAGCCUAGCACUUGUGUGUUCAACCUUUGUGUUUCAUGGCUUUUUGCAGCUACUGGAAAGGGACUAGGUUCAGGAGAUGAUAAAUGCCUUCCUAGCACAGGGAAUGGUUCCAGCUGCCAGGAAGGAAGAAUAUGCAAGACCACUCCUGAAGGAAGCCUCCUUCGAUUCAGAGGAUUAUAAUACUAAACAGUUGCAAAUGUUGGGCUAGGUGUUCGAGUCAGUGAUUGAUGGCCAAUGAAAGCACUAAAUUAUGUGUCUGGAUAGGUUUGCUGGAACAGAUGAGUUUUUAGUAAGCAUCUAAAACAGUAUAGUGAAGGGGUGCCUGCCUAGUGUCAGUAGUUCCAGAGGACAGGUGUUGCAAUACUAAAGGAGUGACUUCCUGCAAAUCAGAAUUAUAUACAGUGGUACCUCGGGUUACAGACACUUCAGGUUACAGACUCCACUAACCCAAAAAUAGUACCUCGGGUUAAGAACUUUGCUUCAGGAUGAGAACAGAAAUCGUGUAGCGGCAGUGUGGCGGCAGCAGCAGGAGGCCCCAUUAGCUAAAGUGGUACCUCAGGUUAAGAACAGUUUCAGGUUAAGAAUGGACCUCCAGAAUGAAUUAAGUUCUUAACCUGAGGUACCACUGUAUGCAGAAUUCAUCAUGCGAAAGGCUGGGCUGGAUGAAUCCCAAGUCAGACUUAAGAUUGCUGGAAGAAAUAUCAACAACCUCAGAUAUGCAGAUGACACAACCUUGAUGGCAGAAAGUGAGGAGGAAUUAAAGAACCUUUUAAUGAGGGUGAAAGAGGAGAGCACAAAAUAUGGUCUGAAGCUCAACAUAAAAAAACCUAAGAUCAUGGCCACUCUUCCCAUCACCUCCUGGUAAAUAGAAGGGGAAGAAAUGAAGGCAGUGAGAGAUUUUAUUUUCUUGCGCUCCAUGAUCACUGCAGAGAGAAAAGCAAUGACAAACCUGGACAGCAUCUUAAAAAGCAGAGACAUCACCUUGCCAACAAAGGUCCGUAUUGUUAAAGCUAUGGUUUUCCCAGUAGUGAUGUAUGGAAGUGAGAGCUGGACCAUAAAGAAGGCUGAUCACCGAAGAAUUGAUGCUUUUGAAUUAUGGUGCUGGAGGAGACUCUUGAGAGUCCCAUGGACUGCAAGAAGAUCAAACAUAUCCAUUCUUAAGGAAAUCAGCCCUAAGUGCUCACUGGAAGGACAGAUCCUGAAGCUGAGGCUCCAAUACUUUGGCCACCUCAGGAGAAGAGAAGACUCCCUGGAAAAGACCCUGAUGUUGGGAAAGAUGGAGGGCACAAGGAGAAGGGGACGACAGAGGACGAGAUGGUUGGAUAAUGUUCUCGAAGCUACCAGCAUGAGUUUGACCAAACUGCGGGAAGCAGUGGAAGACAGGAGUGCCUGGUGUGCUCUGGUCCAUGGGGUCACGAAGAGUCGGACAUGACUAAACGACUAAACAACAACCAAGUUAUAAAGCUGUAAAUUAUGAAGUUUAAAUGUACUCCUAUCAGCCUCAACCAACAGGCUAUAUAUAUCCAGGCCCAGAUUUGGACAUCCUGCUGCCUGAAUUUGGUCAGUAGUAGCUGCCCUUUCUCAUACCAGCAACUGAGCACUUGGAGGAGAGUCAUGCUGUUCACUGUGACUCCACAGUGCCCCCAGUGACAAGCGUGGUGUGAUUAAGGUCACCAGGCUAUUUGGGGGUGGUGGGUGAAGUACAGGUGCAGUGGUAUAGCACAGUCUUCCUCAGAGCCCUUGGUUGCUGAUAAGAGGAGGAGAGCACUCAACCCUUUGCCCUCUGGGUCUUGAUCCUUAUCGACAUUCAAGGAAGAAUAUUGUUCUGUGAUGCCACACUUGUAUGGUAAUAAGCUCCAGCGACCAGCAGGGGCACAAACCAGUGAUGUCAUCAGCCCACGCAGCCACCAGAAGCUUCCAGGUGUGUGUUCCCAUUGAAAUGCUAGGAAGUAAUGGAGUUGUUGUUUCAUAAGUUAUAAUUGCAAGAAUGGAAUAGUCAAAUAUGUACCACUCUAAGCUCCUUUCGCAGUGAGCUGAAGCUGAUACUCAUUACAGUGGUACCUUGGGUUACAUACACUUCAGGUUACAGUCUCUGCUAACCCAGAAAUAUUACCUCAGGUUAAGAACUUUGCUUCAGGAUGAGAACAGAAAUUGUGCAGCGGCGGUGCAGCAGCAGCAGGAGGCCCCAUUAGCUAAAGUGGUGCUUCAGGUUAAGAACAGUUUCAGGUUAAGAACAGACCUCCAGAAUGAAUUAAGUUCUUAACCCGAGGUACCACUGUAUAGGUUUCACUGGACAGGGGUUAAAUUUCCAAAGAGGGCAUAUGAACCCAAAUCCAGCCCAGUUAAAUCUUUUAAUAAUUUAAUUGAAUGUUUACUGUGUUUAAGCAUACAUUGCCCCUAGGGGGUGCUAAUGCAUUAAAUAAAAUGGUAUUCCUGGUUCUUUAAAACCUAAUUCACAUUAUAAUAUGAAUUUUAGCUCAGACACAUUAAUAUUUUCUCUCUCUGUGUGUGUGUCUGUGUGUGUGUGUAUUAAAAAUACCUAUGCAUUAUUUGUGAAUUUGGUGAACAACUGCUGGAAUCCAAUUUAGAGGCAAUGGCACUUCACAGAUUAUUGUCUUAUAUCUGUGAGUGAACCAGGAACAACAAUGUUCCCAUCUAGUUCCCGCCUGUAACCUGUGAGAAAUCACUGAUGCUUGUCAUCUUUUUGCUAUAGGUCAGAAGAGGUGGACACUCAUACUCUUUGGCGUGGUCCUCUUAGCAAGAGAACUCGUGUUAGGAGCGCUGGAAGAGACGUGCAACUGCAGUGCAGAAGUUGAUUUCCAAGAACUGCAGACCAAAUUGGCUCCUGAGAUGUGUUGCUUGAAUCUCACCAGGACUAAAAUCAACUCCUUGGACUGGAGCAUCUUUGCCGGAACUGCGGGUUUGAGGGAGCUCUACCUAUCAAACUGUGGCAUAUCAGACAUUAUCAACGCAGAGAAUGGCUCUUCUACAUUGGAGAUUCUACACUUAGACCAUAACCAGCUAAGUUUGCUCCCAGAUGGUUUCCUAAGAAAUGCACCCAGCUUGCGUGUCAUUCAUUUGGAGAGCAACCAACUCCAGAAGCUGCCUGAGUCAUUCCUGAAAGCAUCUGACCAAAUCCAGGAGGUCCACCUUGCCUUCAAUAACUUGUCUUCCCUUCCCUCAGGGAUUUUCAAACCCUCCCUCCUCACGCUAGGUCUCUCCAACAACAGCUGGCACUGUACUUGCAGCUUGCUUGAAGAUCUGGAAAAAUGCCUACCUGCACCAUUUAACGUUGAGGUGGCUUGUAGCACCCCAGAACGUUACCAUGGCAUGAAUCUCAGAGAUAUCCCUAAGCAGGAGGUGUGCCGGAACCAUAGCCUAACGGCUCUCUUUGUUUGCCUGCCUGUGGUGGCUAUUCUGGUUCUGGUCACCUGGUGCUUUUGCAAGCGGCAGAAGAAAACCAGCUACCAUCCUCACACCGGGAAGGAAUGCCGUCUGGCUACAGUGGAGAGGAACGGUUCCAAAGAGCCUGGGGACCAUCGCUGCUACAUCCCAUGUGAGCUGCCUAUGGCAUCGGCUGCAGAGAGCGAGAAGAACAUCUUGUUGAGGAACCAGGUCUUGCUUAAGCCUUCAGCUGCACUACUAGGGAGCAGCAGGGACCUCUAUGAAGAGGUGGAGAUCAAACUGGGAGCUUCUGAUGAUUCCUUGGUGAAGGCCAAUGGGGAAAGCCUUGAGCAAGAUAAGUCGGGAUCCAAAAAACCGACCGUUGCAGAGGAGGGUUACACAGGUGGGGAGUCUGAAGCCGAGACCGUGAGUGUGACAGACGUUCUGAAGGAUUCUGCAGACCGUGAAAAGCUCUAUAUGAACCAGUCGGUAGAUUAUUACAACCUGGUUCCUGGCAUUGAACUGGAGGACUCGGACCACAUGGAAUAUGAGAACAUUGACCUUUGCUGAGGCUGCUUGUUGAGCCAUAGUAUGAUAAGAACACAAAAUAGGCUAAUUCUUAUCCAUUUUUUGAAAGGGGCAGCAGGACCACCAGCUCCCAACAUUAUGCAAACUUCACAAAUAAUGAGAAUUCUCUUGUAAAUGAUUUUGUGUUCCGGGAUUUGUUCUUCUUUCUUCUGAGCCUUUGGAAUGACACAGGUGUUGUUAUUAAUAUGCCUAGAAGAACAUUUGUAUUAGGGUCUGUUCCAGUUUGGGGUGUGUGUGAUGGAGGGACAGUAUGAGCUGCAGUUUCUAGCCCUUUGAUAGAAUUAAUUUUUUUAAAAAUUGCAUUGCAGUUUCCAGUAGAGGAGAAUAAGAUGCAGAACACAAGACUUGGGGGCAGCGGGGAGCCCAUAUGAGCAGGGAUGAAGGUUGCAAACUGGGACAGGAUAACAGCUGUGCCCAUUAUUUUUUAAUCUGCCAUUUUAUUUAGAGAAUUUUUUGGCAUUUUUAGAUUUUUUGGGGUAUUACAUAUCCCUGCCUGGCUUUGCCUGAAGCUCCCACCUAAAUCUCCAAACUAACUCUUCACUGAUGUUCUUUUCUGCUGUGUGAGCUGGUCUCUGCAGUUUCUUUCCCUGUCAAACACCAGUCAUAGAUGGGCUCUGCAUUCCAGGAAUCUCCUCCAGUUAUUUAAAGGCUCAGGUUUCCUCUGCAAGGAGGAGAGUGACAUCUAGUGGAGAGGUCUGCACAUAGCCACCUUUCUUUCUGCCGUCCUUCUAAACAUUGAAAAACUUUUUCAGCAUAUUUUCACUACAUCCAAUUAACAUUUCUCUGAUCUAAGUUAAGUGCAUUCGUUUCCUUCUGUUUAUUCUCAUGGAACUUGCUAUGCAUGCAGCCUGAUCUGGGGUGACAGAUGGGUGGGUGGGUGGUCCUGCCUCUUGUUUUAAAGAUGGUCUUUUGGCCCCUUCUGCUUUUAUGAUUCAGCAGCUGAGCAUCACAGAAAUUUAUGUGGCACAGAGGUUAAUGAAACUAGAGUGGCUGGUUAGUAGAAAUCAACAUAUGAAACUCACACACAGAGAGAGUUCUUGUUUCAUGUUUUCCCUUUAGGACUGCCAUUGGCAGGAGAAGCCACAACUGGCAGGAUUCCCCUUCUUAGCACCGGCCCUUCCAUUUGCCAGACAGAGGCAAGUACCUCAGGUAGCAGAUGCUGGGGGUGCAGAUCAGUAGCAAGAAGUUGGUAGACAGUGUGGUGUGUGCCAAGCUUCCUAAGCUGGGCUUCUGCUCUCAUAAGCAUUACUACCUCUGACUAUAAAGGCAGCUGUGGCGAUCACACAGGGGCCCCGAACGUUUGACGGUCUAUUGACCCUGUGCCACCACUGUGAUUGCUUUCUUCGCUGCCACCAACCCGUUUCUCACGGGUACACACGGAGUCCAGUCAGUUGGUAACAUUAACAAAUAAUCAAGUUUAUUUUAUAGGCAUGAACAAGCUUAUGGUUUCAGUUAGUUUUUCUUGGCAGUUUCUUAAUCUUAGUUCCUUAACUGUCCUAUUCGUUCCUAACAACUUCAAAUUGAUUAUCCCAACUAACUAUCUGACUCCACCUAACAGUUCCUCUCACUCUCUCACCACACAACUCGACCAACCCACAGACUAUUCCUCCCUCUUCCUUCUUCAACUCCCAACUCUCAACUGACUUUCACACAACACCAACUCUCACUCUAACUCCUCCAGUCAGUUUCCACUGGCCAAUCACAUCACCCUCAUUUUAACCCUUUCCUUAUGACCCACCUAGGAGGCAAACGCCACAGCAGCACAUAACCAUCAUGGCUACUAGCCAUCAAUAGCCUUGUCCUCCAUAUAUUUGUCUAAUCCUUUCUUGAAGCCACCUAAGUUUGUGACCAUCACUGCCUCCUCUUGGUAGCUAAUUCCAUAGCUUAACUGUGCACUGCAUGAAGAAGCACUUUUAUCUGACCUCCAACAUUCAGCCUCAUUGGAUGUCCACAAGUUCUAAUGUUACGACAGAGAAAGAACAUUUUUCUAUCCGCUUUCUUCACAUGAUGUAUAAUUUCAUAAACUUCUGCCAUGUCACCUAAAACGUCUCAAAUGCUGCGCCUUUCCUCGUAGGGGUGUUGCCCCAUCAGCUGCUGUAGAGGAUACUGAGAUGCCACCAAUGUUAAGAUAAAAUUCAGUCGCCAGCAAUCUAAUCGUGUAUGUGGAAUUGAAAGAGAGAAUGUACUGUACCUCAAAGCAUAAAAUGUCCUCAGCAGGUUUUGUCAGAGUCUAGGCCAGGGUCCUGAAGCUGAGACUCCAAUACUUUGGCCACCUCAUGAGAAGAGAAGACUCCCUGGAAAAGACCUUGAUGUUGGGAAAGAUUGAGGGCACAAGGAGAAGGGGACGACAGAGGACGGGAUGGUUGGACAGUGUUCUUGAAGUUACGAACAUGAGUUUGACCAAACUACGGGAGGCAGUGGAAGACAGGAAGACAGGAGUGCCUGGCCUGCUCUGGUCCAUGGGGUCACGAAGAGUCGGACACGACUAAACGACUAAACAACAACAACAGGCCAGGGUCUCCAGCUGUUGUUGGACUACAGCUCCCAUCAUCCCUAGCUGACUAGGACCAGUGGUCAGGGAUGAUGGGAAUUGUAGUCCAAAAACAGCUGGAUACCCAAGUUUGGGAAACCCUGUUCUAGGCUGAGGAUGAGGCACCUCAGGCCUGCAAGGUGUCUAAUGCGUAUCUCUCUCUGGCCCCCUGGGGCUCUCCCCAUGCCUUACACUACGCCUGCUCCACAACCACCUCAAGUGCUUUUCCCUGGUUAGACUGUGUCCUUGAAUUGUGAUAUUGUAAAGCUCUUUCUACCGUGUUGCGAUGCUUCCCAGUUUUCUCAAGAGCAAGAUAUACAGCUGUAUAAAUGUAUUCCAUAUGACAGAUGAAAGCUCUGCUUCCCAAAGAGACACUGGCAUCUUAACUCCCCAUCGUUAUAAACCACAAUACACUGAAUGUAAAAGAAUUAACAUAUAUUUUUGUCCUGAUCUAACUUUUGCAGUAAACUAUUCCAUCUAUGAUCUUUCUGGACUGCAUCCCUUUCAAAAAGAGAAGAAAAGAAUACUAGUGUAUGUGUGUGGGGGGGAUGUAAAUAACAUGGAAUAAAUGGCUAUGUUCUACCUUUUGUAAGAGUUUAACAAAGAUGCAAAA